AUGGCGGAAGCACUACGGCAACUCGUUCAUCACAGACCGAUUAUUCCAAAAACAAUCUCAUUACCUUUCAUCAAAUCAUCUUCUUCGUGGAACCCUAACUCCAACCCUGAAAUCCUAAAAAAACCACUUUCCUCAAUCCUCAAAACUACUUGUGUUGCAAUAACUACUUUUGUUCUCUUCUUCAACCGUUUUAAUCAACCUUCCAUUGCUUUAGCUUCUCAACCAACAGUGGAAGAGACCUGCAUUACCGAUGAAGAUUCUGAGUAUUUAAAAUCCUUGAAAACUAUGUUGGAGGUUAAAAUUGAUGAGGGGGAUAUUAAAGGAGCAAUUUUAACUUGUGAUCGGUUAAUUCAGAUGGAACCUUUGGCAUUAAAAUGGAUGAUUACUAAAUCAUAUCUAUUAGGUCAAGAGAAAAAUUUCAAGGCUGCUAUCUUAGGUUUUGAAGAAUUGAUUUCAACAAAUUCUCUGUGUAUUGAAGCUUAUCAUGGAUUGAUCAUUACUAUUUCUGAUUCUGGAUCAGAAGAUUUUAGUGAUGUAUUAACAAAAAUUCAGGCUGGUAUAAGUAUCUGUAAGAAGAAAAACAAGGUAGAAGAGUUGAGAGAGUUUAAAUUGCUAAUUGCUCAAGUGAAAGUUGUUCAGAAGAAGUACAAAGAGGCUUUGAAAGAUUAUGAAGAGCUUGUGAAAGAAGACCCAAUGGAUUGUAUACCAUAUUUGUGUAUGGGUAUACUCUAUACCUUGCUGAAGAAACCAUUUAAAGCUGAUCAGCAAUUCAAGGUUUACAAGAGGUUAGUUCCUAAAGGACAUUCCUAUGCCAGGUAUAUUGAGGGUCAAAUCUCCAUGACAAAAAUUUAG